UCCAGCCUGGGUUGCCACCAACAGCGAAAGUGACUGCCAGGUGGCAGUAGGGUGACUUCACCAGCUUAAGUGCUUAGCGGGCAGGCGAGGAGGCGGAGCAAAAGAAGAAAACACAAAGGACGGGGAGGAAGCCCGGGAAACAGGUGGGUUACUCGGGAGGCUGGAGCUGGCCGGCCGUGCAGUCGCGGAGGAGCGAGGCCUGCAGUGCUCGGCCGCGAGGGACUCGGCCUCGGAGGCGACCCUGACCACACAGGUUCCUUAGACACUGGGUCAAGGAGUAAGCAGAGGAUAAACAACUGGAAGGAGAGCAAAUACAAAGUCAUCAUGGCUUCAGCGUCUACUCGUGGAAACCAAGAUAAAGAUACCCAUUUGCCACCACCAAGCAAGCAGAGCCUGUUGUUUUGUCCAAAAUCAAAACUGCACAUCCACAGAGCAGAGAUCUCAAAGAUUAUGCGAGAAUGUCAGGAAGAAAGUUUCUGGAAGAGAGCUCUGCCUUUUUCUCUUGUAAGCAUGCUUGUCACCCAGGGACUAGUCUACCAAGGUUAUUUGGCAGCUAAUCCUAGAUUUGGAUCAUUGCCCAAAGUUGCACUUGCUGGUCUCUUGGGAUUUGGCCUUGGAAAGGUAUCAUACAUAGGAGUAUGCCAGAGUAAAUUCUAUUUUUUUGAAGAUCAGCUUCGUGGGGCUGGUUUUGGUCCACAGCAUAACAGGCACUGCCUGCUUACCUGUGAGGAAUGCAAAAUAAAGCAUGGAUUAAGUGAGAAGGGAGACUCUCAGCCUUCAGCUUCCUAAACUCUGUGUCUGUGACUUUCGAAGUUUUUUUAAACCUCUGAAUUUGUAAACAUUUAAAAUUUCAAGUGUACUUUAAAAUAAAAUACUUCUAAUGGAACAAAAA